ACUUAAAUUAUUUCUCUCCAACUAGCAGUUAGCCAACCUUAAAAGGGACCAUUGGCUUCCUCAUUUCCCUCCCACAUUACACACCUUUCCAAAUGGCUCUUCCUUUAGCAAUUCCAGUGUCACUAUUUCUUAUCUUUAUUGCUUACAAUGUCUACCACCAGCUGAAAGCCAAGCUGCCACCGGGUCCACGGCGGUGGCCUAUCAUCGGAAACCUCUACGACAUAACGCCGUUAAGGUUCCGGUGCUUCGCCGAGUGGUCGGAAAUAUAUGGUCCCAUAUUCUCGUUCUACCUUGGUUCACAACUAAAUGUGGUGGUAAAUAAUGCACAACUUGCUAAGGAAGUUUUGAAAGAUAAUGAUCAAAGUCUAGCUGAUAGGUUUAGGACUAAACCUUUGGUAAAUGUGAGUAGAAAUGGGAGUGAUUUGAUUUGGGCUAAUUAUGGCCAUCACUAUGUGAAAGUGAGAAAACUAUGCAAUCUUGAGCUUUUUACUUCCAAGAGACUUGAAGCUCUUAGGCCAAUUAGAGAAGAUGAAGUCACUGCCAUGAUCCAGGACAUCUUUAGAGACUCUGCAAAGCCAGGCAAUGUAGGUAAAAGCUUGAUAAUGAGGAGGUACUUAGGAUCAUUAGCAUUCAACAACAUAACAAGGCUAACAUUUGGGAAGAGGUUUAUGAACUCAGAAGGUAAGGUUGAUGCACAAGGUCAAGAACUCAAAGAAAUAGUCUCCAAUGGUAUGAAAAUUGGAGGAAAACCCAACCUAGGAGAGUUUGUUCCAUGGCUACGUUGUUUUUUCAAGGAUGACAAUGAAGCUCUCAAGGCUCAAGAUAGUCAUUUGGAUAGGUUUACUAGGGUUAUAUUGGAAGAACACACUCUUGCAAGGAAGAAAACUGGUGAAACCAAACAGCACUUUGUUGAUGCUUUGCUCACUCUACAGAGAGAAUAUGAGCUUAGUGAUGACACUGUUAUUGGCCUCCUUUGGGAUAUGGUAACAGCUGGGAUGGAUACAGUGGCUAUAACAGUUGAAUGGGCUAUGGCCGAACUAGUCAAGAACCCAAGGGUUCAACAGAAGGUCCAAGAGGAGCUAGACCGGGUUAUCGGGUCGGACCGUGUCGUAAUCGAAUCGGAUAUGUCCAAGCUCUCCUACCUACAAAGUGUAGUCAAGGAAUCACUAAGGUUGCACCCUCCAACUCCACUAAUGCUCCCUCAUAUGGCUAGUGCCAAUGUCAAAGUUGGUGGUUACAACAUUCCUAAAGGUUCCAUUGUACAUGUAAAUGUUUGGGCACUUGGACGUGAUCCAAAAGUGUGGAAGGAUGACCCUUUGCAAUUCAGACCUGAAAGAUUCAUUGAGGAGGAUAUUCAUGACAUGAAGGGUCAUGAUUUUCGAUUGCUACCUUUUGGUGCUGGUAGACGUAUUUGCCCUGGUACAAAUCUUGCUCUCAAUUUGGUGACAUCUAUGUUAGCUCACUUGUUACAUCAUUUUAAAUGGUCUCCAUUUCAUGGAGUCAACCGUGAGGACAUUGACAUGUUGGAGAGCCCUGGAACUGUCACUUACAUGCAAACGCCUCUACAAGUUGUUCCUACUCCUAGAUUGCCUGAUCACUUGUAUGAACGUGUUCUUAUUAUAUAACAUCUUCGAAGCGUAUUCACCUGAAGCACUCACUUCAACUGCUGUCCUAUAGUAGAAGCUAUAGCAGGAAGCUUCACUAUGGAGGCUGGCGGUUAGAUGGAACUGAUUUGAUCUACAACUGAGAUGGGGUCAUCUCCUCAUGUUACGCUCAUCCUCUUUUUACGGUUUUGAUGUUGUUUGACAUACUUUGGGACUUAAUUAAUUUACUGUUAUUUGAAGUAUGAUGGAAUUGUAAUCUAUAUAUAUUUGGGGAAUAAAUAUUAUCGCUGUUCCAAAAGUAUCAAUAA